GAAAUUGCCGUGGUUUCAGUUUCGUUUUCCUAUUAUGGUGCCAAACUGUGCAAAUGCACAAGAUAGGAUCAAGAACUAAUAAAAAUGGACAGCAUAUCAGGAGUGAUCUCAGGAUUGUUUGAAUCAGCCACCCCUUAUAAAAACCAAAAAUACAGCCACCUGAAGAAGGAAUGUGUCAGUGCUGGUAAACUAUUUGAGGACCCUGUUUUUCCUCCAGUGGCUAGCUCUCUCUCAUACACAGGAUAUGCCCCACGAGACAUUGUUUGGAAAAGACCAGGGGACAUUGUGAGUGACCCAAAGUUCUUUGAUGCCGGUGCCAGCGCAGAUGACUUUGCCCAGGGGUCACUGGGAAACUGCUGGUUUGUUGCAGCAUGUGCUUGUAUAGCGGAAGACAAAUCUCUUCUUAAAAAGAUAGUACCAGACUUUGAGGAUCAAGAAUGGUCUAAGGACAACAAGUAUGCUGGUAUAUUUCACUUCUGCUUCUGGCAGAUGGGAGAAUGGAUCGAUGUAGUCAUUGAUGAUCGGCUGCCGACAAGGAACGGGGAACUUGUUUAUGUACAGUCUCGCAGCAAAAAUGAGUUCUGGUCAGCUCUCCUGGAGAAAGCAUAUGCAAAGAUUUUUGGGGAUUACGAGUCACUGAAGGGUGGUCAGGCUAAAGAUGCUAUGGUGGACAUGACGGGGGGAGUCGGGGAGGCCCUGGAGCUGAGAGAAUACACCAAGACCGAGGAGGAUAAACUCAAACUGUUUAAAAUCCUCAGGAAAUGCAAGGAGCAUCACUCCCUCAUCAGUGCUGCUAUUCCGGUGACUAGUGCUAGUGAUAUGGAGGCUCAGUUGUCAUGUGGUCUCGUCAAAGGUCAUGCAUACAGUGUCACUGCUGUGAAGAAAGUCAGGCUGGGGAAGGGCUUAAUGGCUCAUUUCAACCAAGAGAAAAUACUCAUGAUUCGAUGCCGGAAUCCCUGGGGUGGAACAGAGUGGAAGGGUGCAUGGAGUGAUGGGUCUCCAGAAUGGCAGAAAGUCAGUUCCAGUGAGAAAAAAGACAUGGGUCUGACAUUUGAUGAAGAUGGGGAUUUCUGGAUGACUUUCGAUGACUUUCUGCGGUACUUUACAUCUAUGGAUAUUUGUCACAUUGUAAACACAUCCCUGGUGUCUUUCCACAAAACCUGGAAGGAGGGUAAAGCUUUUGGAGAGUGGAAGAAAGACCGGUGUGGAGGCUGCCCUAAUUACCAAUCAUUUCUAAAAAAUCCUCAGUUUAUAUUUGAUGUUGAUAUGGAGGAAGAUGAAGUAAUGGUGUCACUUGAGCAGUGGGACAAAAGGAUUGAUCGGGAACUGGGCAAGGAAAAUGAUACCAUAGGCUUCUUUAUUAUGAAGGCAGAUGUAAACAGGAAGUAUCGCAUGCAUGAUAAAUUGGAGAAAGUGCAUUCUGGGACAUACAGCAAUGCCAGGAACCAAUUUUCUCGAUUGACACUGCAGCAUGGACGAUACUGCGUCAUACCUUCUACAUUUGAACCCAACUGCCCUGGUAGAUUUCUGCUGAGAGUUUACGCUGAUAAAAGCCCAGACCUCAAGGAACUGUACUUAGAUGAGCCUCCACCACCAAGUUCUGGUUUUCUGGGCAUUGGAUCAAAGAAACCUAAAGUGGCCGCCACACAGAUAAUGCUCCUCAAAGCUGAGGGACUGGAGGUCCAGGACAAAGAUGGGUUUUCUGACCCCUACAUCGUGGUCUUUUGUGAGAAGAAGAAGGCCACGACCCGAGUGAUAAGAAACAACAUCAACCCAGAAUUUAACGAGCGUGUGACGUUCUACCACAGGAAGCCUGAUGAAGAUAUUACGAUUGAGAUUUGGAACUUGAAUAUGAUGAGGGAUCGUUUCAUGGCAAUGUGUACCAUAAAGAUGUCUGAAAGGUCAAAGUUCGAUGGCCACCGUGUCUUUCAGUAUGAACUUUUCGGCAAAGAUAAAGAGGCAUCUGUGAGGAAACCUGGCAUGCUGUGGCUACGGAUUUUGCACACCACAGACAUGACAAGGGUGUAAUCUGCUCCCCCAAACACUAGUCCUUAACGAAUAUUAAUCGAUAUUAGCUUAUGCCUUUAAUUCCUGAUGAUCUCAAAAUCAGGUACUUGUAUCAGUGAUAUGGUGCAUAUCAGGCCAGCUGUAGAGUUAAAGGUUUAAGAUUUUCAUUGCUUUCUAUGAUUAUUUAUGUACACUUUAAAUUGAUAAUCACUCAGGCUCUGUGUUCAGAAAUAAUUUGUUGAAAUUUGUAAGGAAAAAUUUUAAAAGAUGUGCCUUUAAAAUUGUCUCAGACAAUCACAUUUUUAUAUGAAUGUGUUUCUACAUGAACAAUAUAUUGUUGAGUCUUGCUUAAGUUAUUUUCUAAUGAAAGGUUGUGUAAAAAUUGUUCUUUUGAAUUGAAGUUCAUUGGCAUUUACCAGUACUUUAUGUAAGUAUGUGUUAAUCUUCUGUUCUACUUCUAGAUGUAAAUUACAUUGAAUUGGAAAUGUGGAACAAAUUUAUAUUUUUUACAUGAUUUUGUAUAUUAAACAUAAAUGUGUACAAUUGAACAAAAUGUUUUUUGGAAUGUUAUUAAUAACAUGCAACUAUUUUUAUAUUUAUUGAUAUACAUAUUGUAUGUUUAGAUACUUUAAAGGCAAAUAAGUUUGUAUACAAGCAUCAACCUUUACAUUGAAGAGACAACUGAGUCACACAAAACUGUGAUAAAAUACUGCCAGCAGGGGCAUUUCUGAAUAUUGUCCAAAUAUGAUAAAAGUACCACACCUUAUAUGAACAAUGUAUACACUUUUUUCACUGAUACAUAAACUAGCAAUAUUUACUUGCUACUAUUGCUAUUUUGUAACUUUAAUACUUAUGCUAUAUUUAUUUUAUAUAAUACCCUUAUUUUGAAUGUGUUUUUGUACUAGAAUUGUACAGUGGCAUUUGAAAAAGUUCUCUAUUUAUAUUUUAAAUUAUUCUUAAUUCUCAGUAGAGAAAGUAGUUUUUUGUACUGGUAGUUUUAUUUCAGCUAUGUCCCACAGAAAUGGUUGUGCAAGGUAUGACUAACCAGUUUAUAUAACAUUUUUUGAAUAAGUUUACUUAUUAUGUCACAAAUGUAAAAAGUUUCACUGUUAACUCUGAAAAAUGCUGAAUCACACUGGAAACAGUUACAUCACCUGAUGGGAGCAGUUAAAACAACCCCUCUAUCACGUUCACACAAUAACACAUUUUAGCUCGGGUUUGAGAUUUUGUGAUGUCGGUCACUAAGCAAACGUAAACAAUGGAGCAUAAUUCUUAACGUCAUGAAGGCAUUUCUGGAUUAUUUGCUUAAGGACAGAUGAGACGUUCCUUGAUAAUAUAUAAUUUUUUCCAAGAAUUUGUCACUUAAGUAUUCCUACUGUAAUACGUUUACUCACAAAAAAUUAAUGUACCUUACCAGGCAUUUGUGCAAGAUAGCAGAGGGUAGUGUUUCUUAAUCCUUUUGGGAAAAAAAUAAACUUCUUUAAAAUCAAUUUUUUAGUGUUGUAUUUUGAAAGCAUUUAGAAACUGGUUUAAAAAUUAGAAUGUAAAUUAAAAUAUUGAAUAUUUUUGAUACUUUUCAAAAAUUUACAAAACACAUAGCUGAGGAACGUAUUGUCUGACCUUAAACUUUAACGAUUUUUGAAUUCUGAAAAGUUGUAUAACUUAUUACACAUAGCAUUUCUUAUCUUGCUUUAAUAUACUCUAGUCAUUCUAUUGGCUAACAUAAAGCUUAUACUUGUUAGUUUCAUUGUUUUUGACAUAUAAUAAAAUAUAAAAAACUAUUUCUAGA